ACAAGAGGUGUGUGUUUUUUUCAGUCUCACCAGUCACUCUCAAUUCUCAAUUCAGAUUUCAGAUUCAAAAACAUUUAUAGCAUUUUUCUACCUUUAAUUCAUAAACACUUUCAUAGUUCAAAGAAAAACCCCAUAAACAAAAAUAGAGAAAAAAUAAAGAAAGACACUUCAUUCAUAGUUCACCUACUACUUGGUAGCUACCCAUUUUCCCAAUUUGUGGGAAUUAGUAAUUGAAGGAAGAUUUUGUGGUCAAAGUUCUGUGCUUUUUUUUUUACUGUAAAAAACUAUGAAUUCUCCAAUUGGUGCUCCUUCAUCUUCUUCUUGCUCUUAUAUUCGUCCUCAUCCAUGCCUUACUUGUGCUUCUCGUAAUUUCAAGUUUCCUAUGAUAUUGCCACAGGCAAUCUGUACAACUCAAAAGGUGUACCGCUGCUCUCGAGGCCACGUGGAAGCUUCCAUUAGCACUAAUCCCUCGAAAAAUUGCAUGGUUGGAAGAUUUUCUCCAGGAGGGUCUGAAGCACAACCCUUGGUUUCCAAGAAAUCACUCAAAAGGCACCUGCUACCAGUGGAAGCUUUAGUAACUUCAACCACUCAAGAUGUUUCUGAUACGCCUCUUAUUGGUGAUGAUAAGAUCGGAGUGUUAUUGUUAAACCUUGGAGGUCCAGAGACUCUAGAAGAUGUGCAGCCGUUUUUGUUUAACCUUUUUGCUGAUCCAGAUAUUAUACGAUUGCCGAGGUUAUUUAGUUUUCUUCAAAAGCCGUUGGCUCAAUUUGUAUCUGUUUUAAGAGCACCAAAGAGCAAAGAAGGAUAUGCUUCAAUUGGCGGUGGAUCCCCUCUUAGACGUAUGACUGAUGCACAGGCAGAAGAGUUAAAAAAAUCUCUAUUUGAAAAGAAUGUCCCAGCCAAAGUGUAUGUUGGCAUGCGUUACUGGCAUCCAUUCACCGAAGAGGCUAUUGAGCAGAUUAAAAGGGAUGGAAUUACAAAGCUCGUUGUGCUUCCACUAUAUCCACAAUUUUCAAUUUCAACCAGUGGUUCAAGUUUGCGUCUCCUGGAGAGUAUAUUCCGAGAGGAUGAGUAUCUAGUCAACAUGCAGCAUACGGUAAUACCUUCGUGGUACCAACGCGAAGGAUACAUAAAGGCCAUGGCAAAUUUAAUUGAAAAAGAGCUAAAGAGUUUUGAUUGCCCAGAGAAGGUCAUGAUAUUCUUUAGUGCACAUGGAGUGCCACUUGCUUAUGUGGAAGAGGCUGGUGAUCCAUACAAGGCAGAGAUGGAGGAAUGUGUGGAUUUGAUCAUGGAAGAGCUUGAGAAAAGAAAGAUAACUAAUGCACACACACUUGCUUAUCAGAGUAGAGUUGGACCUGUGGAAUGGUUAAAACCUUAUACAGAUGACACAAUAAUUGAACUUGGGAAAAAGGGAGUAAAAAGUCUGCUGGCUGUACCAAUUAGCUUUGUCAGUGAACAUAUUGAAACACUAGAAGAAAUUGAUGUUGAAUACAAAGAAUUGGCUUUAGAAUCUGGAAUCGAAAAAUGGGGCCGUGUUCCUGCUCUGGGAUGUGAAGCCACUUUCAUUUCAGACUUGGCAGAUGCUGUAAUCGAGAGUCUCCCAUACGUCGGUGCAAUGGCAGUUUCAAACCUUGAAGCUCGACAGUCUCUGGUUCCCCUGGGCAGUGUAGAAGAGUUAUUGGCAGCAUAUGACUCGCAACGUAGGGAGUUGCCACCCCCUGUACUGGUGUGGGAAUGGGGAUGGACUAAAAGUGCUGAAACUUGGAAUGGAAGAGCAGCUAUGAUUGCUGUGCUGCUUCUGUUGUUUUUAGAAGUCACCACUGGAGAGGGAUUUUUGCACCAGUGGGGAAUAUUGCCCUUGUUUAGGUGAAUGAGCCCUACCCUCCACUCGAUGGCAAUGGAAUUUAGUUUUGCUUGUAUAUGUAUACCAUUAGCAUAAUCACAAAUGCCCCUUACAAUCGAAGUCAUGCACUCAGAGAAGGAGUUCUAAAAUCUAGUUUAGUCACAGCUUUUGUGGAUGGUAAGAGAAAAAUUAUGUAUAGUGAUUUCCUCUUGUAUGUAUCUAAAGCAUUUUUAUUUGGGCUUCAUGAAUCUGUGAUAGCUGUUGUAGCUUAAAAAGCAGUUAUUGGCAUAACAAGUUCCUUGAGAACUUAUGAGAGACUUUGUCAAUUGUACUAUGUUGUUGACAAGAGAGAUAGAGUUUGAAUCGGGUGCAGAAAUUCUUGUUCAUUUUGUUUGCUUCCUGGCUUGUCAACACCAGACUAUAGGUUCGAACUUGGUUUUAUUAUUUGGUCAAUAAGAAUUCAGGCUUGUUAA